AACCAGUCUGGCUAAAAGAAAUCGUCGGCAAAAUGGAACUCGAACUGGGAACAACGCUCUCUAAAGUAUUCGGGCAUAAAAACUUUAGGUCAGACGUCCAGAAAAAUGCUGUUCUUACAAUUGUUGAAGGUAAACAGGAUGUAUUUGUGUGUAUGCCAACAGGAGCAGGUAAAUCUCUGUGUUACCAGCUUCCUGCAGUUGUCUCCCCUGGUAUAACAUUUGUUGUCUCCCCUCUUAUCGCUCUGAUGCAAGACCAGUUGGAACAUUUGGAUAGCAUUGGAGUAAAGUCAGAAACGCUCAACUCGAAAAUGUCAGUGGAGGAACGUAAAAGAGUUCUGUCAGACUUAGAUAAAGAAAAACCAAAGACUAAAAUGUUGUACAUUACCCCAGAACAGGCAGACACAGACAAUUUUAAACAACUGACUGAGAGCCUUACAAAAAGAAAAUUAGUAAAAUAUUUUGUUAUUGACGAAGCUCAUUGCGUAUCCCAGUGGGGUCACGAUUUUCGACCAACAUAUCUUAGACUUGGUUAUUUUCGUACAAAAUACUUAAAAGGAAUUCCUUGCAUUGCGCUGACAGCGACGGCUCCUAAACAGGUCAUAGAGGACAUCAUAAAGCAGUUAAGACUGAAAGAACCCAUCGCAAAGUUUAAACAAAGUGUUUUCCGUCCAAAUUUAUUCUAUGAUGUGAAAAUGAAGGACACUAUAGGGGAUGUGUAUGAAGAUCUUAAAGGGUUUGCACUCAAGGCACUCGGAGGAGUAGCGGAAGAAGGGGAGGAUUGGAAUUCCUAUGGUUGUGGUAUAGUUUACUCCAGAACAAGAGAUGGUUGUGAGGAGGUGUCACACCACCUAUCCAGAAAAGGGAUACCAGCUAGACCGUACCAUGCCGGGCUCAAGAAUGGCAUAAGGGAGACAAAUCAAACAGAGUGGAUGCAGGGAAAAUUUCCUGUUAUUGUAGCAACCAUCAGCUUUGGCAUGGGUGUGGACAAAGCCAAUGUCAGAUUUGUAGCUCAUUGGAAUGUUCCCAAGUCAAUGGCGGGAUAUUAUCAGGAGUCUGGACGUGCUGGGAGGGAUGGUGAGAAGUCGUACUGUAGAUUAUAUUACUCGCGGGAGGACAGAAAUACUGUUGCCUUCUUGAUUAAUCAUGAAGCAAAAAGAUGGAAAAAGAAAGACAAGGAGACUGUAAGACUACAAUUAAAAGCUGCUAACAAGAACUUUGAACAUAUGAUCAGUUACAGUGAGGAAGUCAGAUGUCGUCACUGGAGUAUAAGUCAGUUCUUUGGAGAUGAGAAACCAGAUUGUAACAAGUCAUGUGAUGCCUGCAAGGAGCCGAGGAGUGUGGAGAAGAACCUGGCCGAACUACAGCGUGGACUGUUUGCCUCGGUAAACAAGACUAAAGGUGGUGGUACCAUGUACUACGUAGAUGAAGAUGUUUCAGGAGACAUGUAUGGUGGAGGCAGAAAAGGUGCUAAAAUGGAUACAGAUGACUAUGAUGACCAGUAUGACAGUGAUGAGGAUGAUGACUCUGAGUCGGCUAAGGAAAGACGAGAUAGAAAAGAGAGGACCAAUUUCAUUAAAAAUCAAUUCAAAAAACGGAAAGGAGACGUGGAGACGAGUAGACCAGAGGACACUUUUAUACCGCCAAGUGAAGACUGUCCACUGAGAGAUGCUGCUAGUCAAAGGAUUCCAAAACUUACUGUAGCUCAAAGGGAACAUUGUAUGGCACUUCUGGAGAAAGCAUUAUUAGAUAACUAUGUGCAGUAUUACAAAGACAUUCCUACUAAAAUGGCUGCAAAAGAUUUUGUGCCAAGGUGUUGUGCUAUAGAUCUAGAGUAUGAAGUAUUCAAAGCUAACAGAUUACAUAAUAUCUACAAAGCAUCUGUGAUGAGAUCGGUGUCUGAAAUCAAGAAAUUCACAGCCCUGAAAGACCUCCAUACCUCCCUAGUUCCUAAAUGGUCCUCCACUUCAGAUGCUAGUCCCUCAGACACUGGUGGUGAUAAAGACAUAUCUAGUCAUUCCAAUGACAAUGGAAAGAGCUGUGAUAAAAAACUAAAUGGAGAAAGUGUAUUAGAAGCUGUUGGUGAUACUGAAGUGACAGCAAGUUUGUAUGAUGGUGAUAAAGAUAAGACUAGUGAAUCAAAUGAAAAUGUGGAAAGUAAAGAAGAAAAGGAUACAAAAACUGCUGAUGCAACAGCUGUGAAGAUUGAAGAAAAACCAGUUAGACCUAAAAUAGUGUAUUUCUUUGAAAGAGGUGAUUCGUUGAAACAAGAGCUAGGGGAGGAAAACGGGAAUUUAAUGAAAGAUAACACAGAGGAAAGUUCUUUUAAAAUUGAUGGUGCAUUAAAUCACAGUCAUGGAGUGAAAAGACCACAUGAUUCAAAGGAUGAUAGACAUUCUAAGCACAGAAAAGUUGAGAAGAAGCCAUCAUCUAGAGGUGAUGCCUCAGCAACCAAACUGAAGGAAUGUGCUGAUGUGGUUGUAAAGUACCUUACACCACAUUUUAAAGGCGGACAAAUAGCGUCAAAAGAACUAUUUAAGAAAACUGCCAAAAUGCUAUCCCAUAAAGUUGUGGAGAAAACUAAGGACAAACCACCUGAGAAAGUGAAGGAAGUAGUAAAGGCUAUGAUAAAAGACCUGUUUAAGAAACAUCAGAAGAUUUCCUCUGAAGAGCAUAUUUCCUCAAUAUAGCAAAUCUGUGUACAUCUCUAGACAGCAUUACAGGAGAUCAGUUGUCAUCUGUUGAAAUUGACUUAUUAGAAUUUAGAGUUGUUGGACGUGUUUAACAGCCAGCAGCUGUUAGCAGGCAUAUCUGUGAUAAAGGUUUUCCAUGGCUAAUAUAAGAAAUACUGAUACUAGUGUCUGUGAAAAUUACUUCAACAGCAUUUACAUUAUACAGUAAUUGUAUCGUCAUUAGAUUUAGUGGUUUAAAACCCAAAAUGGCUGUUUCAUGGGGGGACAGGAGUUUGUUGAUUUCACAAUAAAUAGGAAUUUUAUUUGGCAAUUGUGACUUGACUUUUAAAAAGUUGUGAAUAUUGGUGUUUUCAGCAUUAUUUUUCCCUGCCAAAGGUGGAGAGAUAUAAAUUUGGCGCUGUUCAUCUGUCUGUGCGACCGUCCAUCUGAUAUUGAAAAUGCAUAUAAUUCAAAAAGUGUUUUAGCUAGAAUCACCAAACUCACAUAAUUGUUAAUUAGCACAUGACCUUUUGCUCACAGAUAGUAUUAUCCCCUUUGACCCAGUGAAGGAAGAGUUUUUCUGUUUGAUUAUUGGUAAAAAAAUAGGGAUUUUUAGUAAACUAUUUAUGGAACUUAAUGAAAUUUUAUACAAAUAUAGGUCACUUUAAGAAAUCGAGCAUGCAUAACUUCAGAAUCUUUUCAGUAACUUCAGAGUUACUGCCCUUUAAUUGUUUCACAAUCCAUAAAUUUCCACUUGACAAAGGAAUCCAUUGAUGGAUCUUCCUGAAAUUUAAUACAAUUAUAGAUCACUCUAGGGUGUUGGUAUGUGCACAUCUUUCAUGAGGAUCUCUUCAGUAAAUGCAGUUAUUGCCCUUUAAUUUAUUUGAAAUUCAUCAAUUCC